AUCAGUCAGAGAUUGAUCUCAAUUGAUAUUAAUACUAUACGACCGAUACGGUUAAAACCAUUCUCACAAACAAGGUUUUUUUUUUUUUUUUUUUUAAUCCAAGCUGAUAUCCGCUGAGUCGCUGACUAACACUGAUUAAACAAUUCAAAUCCAAAGCCCAGCCCAUCCUAUGACAUUUUUGUUUUUGAGACCCAAUGACCCAAUCAGAUGGGCCAGGGAGGAGAAAAAUCGUGGAUAAGUAGGCCUCUGGCCCUUGGUGCAGGCCAUCAAGAACGGUCAAGAUUAUCUGGCACAGGCGGUGCCAACAGCCAAGACACGUGUGAACAGAUCCAAACCGUCCAAAAGAGUUGCUUACUCACCUUCUCAAUUCCUUAACAGGUGGCCUCAAACUAAAUUACACUUGUCGACCUCUCCCACUCAAGCAAAUCCACAUUCCACCCCUCAACCCAAACUGAAACCGCCUUUGCUCCCAGUUUUAAAAACCAUCUCCCUCUUCCUUCUUUGCUUCAAAUCCUUCCACCAAAACAACACACAACAAUCUUAUCUCCAGAGAACACACACGCAUACAUUGGCAAUGGCUUCAGAGAAAAUUGAAAGGGUUGGCGAGGCCAGAGAAGAAGCCCCUGCGGAGAAAGUUGUAAAGAUUGACGAGGCUAGAGAAGAACCUGUUGAGAAAGAGAGAGUUCCCAAGAUGACCAUGCACUUCGAAUCCCUUGCUGAGAAAGCCAAAGGCCCAGAGGCCCCUGACACCCACCGUGAUCAAACUCAUGCUGAGAAAGCUAGGCAAUCCAAUAACGUCAGAGACAAAGAAGCAGAAACAGAGAAAGAGAAACAAGGUGACACAGAUGUUCAACCCAAUAAAGAAGCAGAGUCACUGUCGCUGGAGGAGAUCGGGAAGUACAGAGCAACAGCACAGCAGAAAUCCGUGGAAGCCAUCAGGAAUGCGGAGGAAAGGAACGCAAAGGCAAAGGAAUCCACUGAUGCGGCUCAGGGUGCAUCGGAGAAGGUGGCAGCUGCAAAGGAUACGGCCAUGGAGAAAGGUCAGCAGGCCUAUGAAUACGCCACUGAGAAGGCUCAAAAGGGUGCUUCGGCCACCAAAGAUACCCUGGCGGGUGCUGGAAAGACUGCCCUUAACUCCACGGCGCUUGCGGCCGAGAAGACUAAGGAUGCUGUAGUAACUGGCGGCGGGACUGUAUUACACUACGCUGAGGAGAAAGCUGCAGGGGCUAAAGACACUGCCGUGAAUGUGGCCAAGAGUGCUGCAAGCUAUGCUGGUGAGAAGGCAGUGGCAGCCGAGGAUGCCACCUUGGAAGGUACUAAAAAGGUAGCCACUUCUGCAGCACAGAAGGCCAGCGUGGUUGGUUUGAGUGUUGCAGAGGCUGCCGCAGCCGCUGGUCAUCAGGUAGCCGAGCUCUCGGCAGAGAAGAUGGCAUCCGCUAAGAAUGCAGCCGAGGCAAAGCGUCUAGGCUUAACAGAGUAUACAGUGGAGAAACAGGGAAAAGCGAAGGCAGAGAUUGAGGAGCCGGAUCAAGGCACAAGGGUUGAAACUGGAACUUAUGUGGAUGUAACGCAGAAGACACAUGAGGAUCAAGGACAGGGAGGGAGUGUAAGUGGGCUAUUUGGAGCUGUGGGCGAAACCGUAGCUGAAAUUGCACAAUGCGCCAAAGAAAUGGUUGUAGGCCAGCGGCCUGAGAAGAAGGAAUAGAUGUGUACAUGGAGCAGUUUUACUCUUUCUUUGAAUUAGAUUUACAUAAAAAAGUAAUUAGGUUUCUUCAACUUUGAGUCCAGUUGCCCCUUGUAAGGUGGUGUCUUUCGUGUGAGUGGUGAAUAAAUUUGAAUGAAAAUGAUUGAAGUGGUAGCAUUUACAGAAAA